AUGUGGAACGACGAGGAUAACAAUCCAUACGGCGGAGGUUUUGAGCGUCGCGACUCAUUUGCCUCCUCGGUGAAUCCCUCUUCUCCCACUACUCGUGAUUACUCACACUUCGAGGCCCCUCCCCAGACCCCCUCGUCCACUGGUGACGACGAUGCCCCUCCAAGGAACGAUUAUAGCGACGAGGAGGAGUCCCAAGAGGACCAGGAUGCCCGUGAUCGCGGAGAGUUGGUUCCCCGUCGCAAGCCCGGCGGCUACGACAGCCGCGUGGAGCAGAUGCUCUACGAGAACCCCGAGAUGCCCAUCCUGAUUACGGACGCCGGGAAGAGCCAGGAGAAUGGCAGGUAUAUUGUUUACACAAUUAAGACGGGGGAGCUUAUAGUGCGCCGGAGAUACUCUGAGUUCGCGUCCCUUCGCGAAGCCCUCACUCGCCUACAUCCGACCUUAAUCAUCCCACCUAUCCCCGAGAAGCAUACCAUGGCAGACUACGCUGCCAACCCGACCAAUGCGAAACAAGACCAGCAGAUCAUUGACCUGCGCAAGCGCAUGUUGGCUGUGUUCUUGAACCGGUGUCGCCGCAUGGAGGCUAUUCGCACCGAUGGCGUUUGGUGGCGGUUCUUGGACCCUAACUCCAGCUGGAAUGAGGUCCUUCACUCCCAUCCUAUCGCUUCUAUUCCCAAGUCUAUUCUCAGAGCGCCCCCUCUGGACCCGGCCAAUCCAACACCAGGCCACAUGUACCUACCCAUACCGUCCAAUUCGGCGAAGCUCAAGACGCCCUCUGCCAGUCUGGACACGGGCGGCGCUCCAGUGCUGGCUCGAUUCCCUCCGGAGAACCAUAACCUUGGCGAGCGCGAGCUCGACCCUUACUUUACUGCUUUCGAAAGCUCCAUCAAGGAGCUGGAGGCGCUCUUGACAGGACCCAUGGAGAAGGUCAAUCGCCGGACACUGAGCCAUCUCUCCUCUUUAGCUUCUGACCUCUCUGAGAUGGGGGCUCGCUACAAUGCCUUCGCGCUAUCCGAACCUGCGCCGACCCUGGCACCAGCAAUUGAGAGGAUAGGCCAAGCAGCCGACUCAUCAUACAUCGCGACAGAAGAGCUGUCAAGCACAUUGGGCGCAAGCUUUGCCGAGCCGAUGCGCGAGAAUGCCCAAUUCGCCGGAGUCAUCCGGAAUGUGCUGCGCUACCGCAUCCUGAAGCGUGUCCAGCAGGAGAUGACCAACGAAGAGCUUAACAAGAAGCGCCAGCUCCUCGACCAGCUCGAACGCAGCGAGGCCGAAGCGCGUCGCAUCGAACAGUACCUUGCAAGCACGACACAGGUCGCGCCCCCUCCCCGGCGAUCCAGCCGGGAAGCGCCUACAUCGGGCCACCGGCGCGAGGGUAGCGUCAGCGGUGGUGCCGGCGCCGAGGACACGGCGUCUAUCGACUCCGACUUCCCGCCGACCCAUGGCGACUUUUCAUCCGCGCCAUCAGCCAGCAUCGGGGUUCCCCCUGCCCCUCCUCCUGCGCCAACACACCGCAAGGCGCCCAGCGCGGCAUCGAUUACGAGUCGGAUAUUUGGGCCGCUGCGGCACGCGGUGCAGGGCGUGGUCGACGCAGACCCAGAGAAGACAAGGCGCGACACGAUCACGCGCACGCGCGAGCAGAUUGCCCAGUUGGAGCAGGCGCAGAUCGCGUCGGCGCAGGAUGUGAAGGAUGCUAGUGCCAGCGUGUUGAAGGAUUUGAGGAGGUUUCAGCGGGAGAAGGAGGAGGAUUUGCGAAGGUAUAUGCUCGCCUACGCAAAGAGCCAGAUCGAGUGGGCGAAGAAGAACAAGGAGACCUGGGAGGAGGCCAGGGCUGAGGUUGAGAAGAUUGACGAGUCCGCCUGCUUGUUACCCGUCCAGCCAGUGCGCGGCGCCAUUCGAGGAAAGGCCAGCUUCGACCUUGCGGCGACAGCGACGAUGGAUCCCGAUUCGCAUCCUAUCCGCGACAUCGCAAACCCGGGCAUAAAGGCCCAGGGUCAGCUCCUCCAGAGUUUGCGAAUCGAAGUCGCCAAGCUCCUCGGGCGCCACCAGAUCUCCUUCCCCGGCGCACAGCCCGUCAGCUUUGCGCGGCGACACCUGGAAGAGUUGCGCAGGGAGGACUACUAUGUCUGCGAAAAGUCGGACGGCAUUCGCUACCUGCUGUACCUGACCGAAGACGAGGCCGGGAAGGAAUGCCACUACCUCAUCGAUCGCAAGAACGACUACUGGUGGAUUCAUCAGCGCAACCUGCACUUCCCGAUGCCGCACGACUACCAGGCCUUCCAUACUGGCACCCUUAUCGAUGGAGAGCUGGUUAUGGACACGCUGCCUAACGGCGAUAAGGAGCCAAAGUUUCUUGUCUUUGACCUCCUCGCGCUGGACGGCAAGGCCGGCCUACUUGAGAAACCGCUCGACAAGCGCCUCGGCUACUUCAAGGAACUCGUGAUGAAGCCAUACAAGGCGCUGUUCGCCAAGUAUCCGCAAGAGCUGCCGUUCCAGGCGUUUGUGGUCGAGAUGAAGGAGAUGCAGUACUCGUACGGCAUAGAGAUGAUGUUCCGCGAGGUGCUUCCCUCCCUCAAGCAUCAGAACGACGGGCUGAUCUUCACCUGCCGCACGUCGCCCUACCAGUUCGGCACUGACCCACACAUCCUCAAGUGGAAAGCCCCUCAUGACAAUACUAUCGACUUCCGGCUGCGGCUGGUGUUUCGGGAGGUGGAGCCCGCGACCGAAGAAGAGCGCGCCGAGCUCGCCGCGUUGGGCAAGAAGACUUUCACCGACUACGACAGCAUGCCCGAGGCCCGCUUGCUCGUCUUCCGUGGCAGUGAUCGUGGCCAGCCCGAGUAUGAGGAGUUCCCCGAGAAGUUGUACCUGACUGAGGAAGAGUGGGAGACGCUCAAGUCGUGGGGUGAUCCGCUGCAGGAUCGCGUCGUGGAGUGUGUGCUGGACGAGGAAAAGCGCUGGCGACUCUACCGGUUUCGCGACGACAAGACCGAGGCUAACCACAUCAGCACUGUCAACAGUGUCUUGGAGAGCAUCAAAGACGCCGUCAGCGAAGCGGAGCUGUUGGCCGCGGCCAAAGGGAUCAAGGAUGGGUGGAAGAUGAGACAGGCACAGCAGCAGCAAGCACAGCAUCACUGA